CCAGCUUCAGAGGAUUGCCCUCUCCCCAUGUCUAGAUUCGGUUCGAGCCUGCCGGUCUGUGCUAGGAUCCGACCCGCUUACCAGUCAUGGACGCGUUUUGCCCCUCGAAGAUUUAAUUACACACUUCGAGGCGGGGAUCCAUCGGAGAGCUUUGUCGCAAAUGUUCGGCCGGUUUUCUGGCGACCUAUCUUGUUUUCCGUCGGAGUGGGGGUUGGGACAUACGGGCUCGCUGCAUACUAUACGAACGAGGACACACGAAAAUGGGCAAAGAGCCUUUCAAAAGAUGCAUGGUGGAGAACAGGAGGGCCAAGUGGUCAGGAAAUGCAGCGCGCUCGAAAAAUCGCAUUACACAGGUACCUCACGGAUGAAUUGAAGGGCAUGGUCGAUUCCACGAAGCACUGGCCUACAACUAUCCGAGUAUACGCCCAGCGAGCAUGGAUCACAUUCGCGGAGAUGGUCUUGAACAGCAGCGACGGUCGCAGGGCUGCAGCAAGUAUUGUAUGCCUCAAUGCCGCCAUAUUUAUGGGCUGGCAAAUACCGAUUCUGCGACAUUUUAUGGCUUCGCACUUUCUGCACUCGCCGCUUUCUGGGAAAAGCUACACCCUCCUCACUUCAGCGUUUAGCCAUCAAGGUCUCGUUCAUAUGGGGUUCAACAUGUUUGCUCUGGUCUCCUUUGGCUCGGCGGCUUUCGAUUGGCUAGGCACCCAGCAGGCACACGUAGAAAGACAGCCAGAAUCAACCUAUUUUUACCACGCAUUUUCCUUCUACGUGUUAGGUGGCUUAUUCUCUUCACUCCUGUCGCAUGUUGUAGCUGCUAGAUUUCGAUUUCCUCGCAUGGUCGCCGCCUUGACGGCCGGGAACAUGACGGGCGCGACGAACGGUGCCCUCACAUCCAUCCUCCCUUCGUUAGGCGCGUCCGGAGCGAUAUAUGCGACAGUGACCCUGUCUGCACUAGCGCUACCAGAGGCGACAGUUUCCUUCAUCCUUUUACCAUGGGUCCAGGUACCAAUCUCGGCGGGCGUGGGAAGCCUGGUAUUACUUGACGUUAUCGGAGUAAUGAGAGGCUGGAGAACCUUUGAUCAUUGGGCACAUUUAGGAGGCGCCGCUUUCGGCGUAUUCUACUACUACUAUGGACCUGAGCUAUGGAACUGGACACGUCGUAGACUAGCACAAGCAAUGUAUCGAACGAAGCCAUAAUACAUUCAACUCUCCCGAUUGUAACUCUGUGCAAGUAUCUUGUUUGUGCGAUCCUUCGCAAUGUCCAUUGUUGCCUCGACUCCUCGGUCCAGCUCCUCCAUCCACUCAGGACUACCAGGCGCAUAUGGCAGGAUCAUUGAGGAGUCGAUCGAUUCAACUGUGUGCACUUGCAACAUGCCCUUCAUUUCUUCCGCAAUCUGUGCUUUUGUGCGGCCGUUCACCCAUGUGACGUAUCGCAAGCCGGGGUACUUCGCCUCAUACGCCCGGUUCAGAACGAUGAGGUGUUCUUGCACCACCGGAUCCACGCUCUCGGUAUUUCGUUGUUCGGUAGCGCUCAGCGCCGAUAACUUAUUCUUCUGUCCAAUUGCAGGAUGUGCGGUGAGCAGCGGUACGCGUGCUUUCCAUGGCAUAGUCUUCACGCUAGCAUUGAACGCGUCGAUAACGUCUGCAUGCGAUUUGGGCGGCAUCGUUUGGAAGGUGACAGAUAAUGUAGACAAACUGUCAUCUACCGUGGACGAUGGCUCAAAGACCAGCUUCAUGUAUUUCGCAAGAGGGUGAUCGGGACCAUCGUAAGGUGAUGCUACUUGGUCGAGAGAUGGAAUGGUCGAUGCUGUCAUAGUGCCGUCUGCCCAAUCGUUACGGAAGCAUCGGGGUCAAGCGCUCGUUCAUCUCUCUCUCCUCAUCCGAUACAGACAUCUUGCAAUU